AUGGCCAGUACAACUAAUAAUACAUCAAGUUAUAACGAAGAAGACAGAGACGCUGAGGAUAGUUGGACAAGACAGACGAACGACACCCAAAUCCAGUCAGACUCAUCUGGGCUGGCAACCCACCCAGAUACACAGUCUCCACGGGAUUCCCAUCAGACAAACAGACACAAACGGAAGCGGUCAGAACUUGAUCAGCAAAGAUAUCCCGAAAGCCCUAGCCAUGCUGUUGUUGGUCCUAGGAGCCCAACUCCCCGUUUGGAGGUGGACCUUCAUUCCAAUGUUCAGAUCAAUAAUAAAAGUGGCGUGUCUAUAGCCCACGAGACAAAUAAACAAAGAAACCCAUCACCCCCUAUAUUCUCACGAUCAGAUGCAGGUGAAGAUGCUCAAAGUUCUACAGUCACUAUGGGCUGGCAUAAUUAUGAUUCUCAUCUAAUCAGCCAAGCACAGAGAGCACAGCAGAUUGAACCUGAUCCUUCUGAUACGCAACUUGCUGAGGCCCUUCAGCGGGAAGCCCAUAAUCAUGAUGCAGCGCAAAGGGACUGGGAUUCUAUCAGCCAUUUAAAAGGGGGAUCAAUACAGGGAGAACAAACUUCACCUAUCCCCUUCACAAAAGACCGUUCGCAAUCUGUUGUCCAGGUUGCACCAAAACGGAAGCGAGUAUUUAGCAACAGAACAAAGACCGGCUGUAUGACCUGCCGAAGAAGAAAGAAGAAAUGUGAUGAGCAACAUCCAGCUUGCAAUAACUGUCUACGAGGUGGUUUCGUCUGCGAGGGUUAUUCCUCGAGGAGCACGUGGCAAAAGCCCUCUAGUGCUAAAACCCCGGUUCCCCUGCAGUCCAAAGAUGGUUUUAUUGAUGUUAAUGGACAAUACCCGGCGGAGGUCAACCAGCAGUAUGAUCGUCAGUCAACUAUCUCAGAACAGCUCGACACAGGAAAGAUGAGACCAACUGUUACAGAGGAUAAUGAUCGCGCAACUUCUCAGUAUACUACAAGUCCAACGGGAGUAGAGACUAAUCGCACGCCUUGGUCCAAACGAAGCUGGUCGGGCCCUAGUCAUCCAUCUUACCUUGCAGACCAUACAGGCAAACCGGAGUUUCGAGAAGUACCACCAAUACAUGAUCUCUCUCGGGAUGGGAAUUCCAAGGCAGAGUACCAAAUUGUGCCGUCACUUCGUGAACUUUCUCACGGUCCUCGUACGAAAACACCCAUAUCCCUGUACCAAGGUGGGAUCGAACAACGCUCGGUUCAUAGUGCGAGUAUGGAAACCAACAGUCCACAGGCACAAGCUAGAAUGGCGCUUAGUAUCGAGCAGCAACUAUCUGUUCAUGCUGUCCCUUCCGAUGAGACAGAAAAGGAGAAAAUGACCCGAGGAGAGCUCUAUAGACCAUUUGAUGUCCAUCUUGUUGAAGAGCGAGAACGAUGCAAGAUUGCUCUACAACGAUUUAACAGUUCUUGCAGUCCAUUGUCAGGUGUCAGCGCAAAGGAGCAAAGUCGUUUGUUCAAGGAAGUGCUGGUCCCUCAACCAACCUCUGCUAUUUGUUCCCCGCCAGCCGCGACUUCAUCUCAACAGACAGGCUCGAUUGGACAAGGGGCGGUAGUUGAAGGUCCCUUCAACUGCCAUUAUGGAUACAAUCUCCAUGUUGGCGAGGGUGUGAUGAUCUCGGAAAAUUGUUUAUUUGUUGAUGAUUGUUCCAUUAGUAUUGGUGCACACACAUGGAUCGGCCCUAAUGUUACAAUUCUCAGCUCAAUGGCCCAUGCAAAUAUGCAAGAACGGAAAGGAUCUCAAAGUCGAUACCAAGGCCGCCCUGUCGUAAUCGAAGAAGAUUGCUACGUCGGGGCCAAUUGUACGAUUUACCCUGGUGUUCGUCUCCGACGAGGGGCUUACGUGGCUCCUGGAGAAGUCGUCAAAGCUGACAUUGUGGCUUACGGAUUUCAAGGCUUGAAGCCCAGCUAUAUGUGA